GGCGCGGACUCCCACUCCCGGCGGCCCCCGCGCGCUACAAGAGGCCCGCCCGCCGCGCGCGGGGCAUUGUGGGAGCGAGGCCGCUCAAGAUGGACCCCCGCGAGGCCGCAGGAAAGGCCAACCGGUGGUUUGCGACGGCGCCUGCCAAAUCUGGGAAAAGCAGCUGCGAACAUCCUGCAGCAGGAGGAGCUGAUCGCGCAGAAGAAGCGGGAGAUCGAAGCCCGGCUGGAGCAGAAAGCCAAGGAGGGCCGGGCGCUCUGCGCACAGCCCCUGCCCACCCGGCGACCCCCUCAACCCUGCGCCCAACAAGUUCGCCAACGACGGCAGCUUCCUCCAGCAGUUCCUCCAGCUGCAGAAGGCUCAGACCAGCACCGACCCAACCGCCAGCACCCCCAGCGCCCCUCCUCGAGUGCCGCCAAGGGCUGGGAGGCGGCCCCCCCCUCCUGUGCGCCCCGCCGGGCCAGGUGAAGAGCUAUACGCACGCCAAGCAGCUGCCCCUGGCCAGCCGUCCCAGCGUGUUCCAGGCGCCCGACGAGGACGAGGAAGAAGACUAUGAGCAGUGGCUGGAGAUCAGAGUUUCACCCCCAGAGGGAGCCGAGACCCGCAGGGUCAUCGAGAAACUGGCCCGCUUUGUGGCGCAGGGAGGCCCCGAGCUGGAAAAGCUGGCUGUGGAGGACAAGGACAACACUGCCCUGUCGUUUCUGCAGGACAGGAACAGCAGGGAGUUCCUCUACUACAGGAAGAAGGUUGCGGAGAUUCGCAGAGAGGCGCAAAGGGCGCUGGCAGCCCCUGAGACAGUUUCACCCCCAGAGGAUGCGGAGGCCAGGCACCUCGCAGAAACGCUGGCCAGGUUCAUAGCGGACGGGGGGCCUGAGGUGGAGGCCAUCGCCCUGCAGAACAACCGGCAGAACCAGGCAUUCAGUUUUCUGUAUGAGCCCAACAGCCAGACGCACAAGUACUACCGCCAGAAGCUGGAGGAAUUCCGGAAAGCCAAGGCCAGGCCCCCCACCGCUGCCCACCCCGCCCCGGCCCCCGCCACCCCUGCAUCUGCACCCGUGCCGGACUUGGGGAAGCCCGCCGUCCCAGCACCCGCCUCUGACGCCUCCGCAGCGGCCCCUGGGAUGCCCACUGCCGCCACAGCCACCGUGAAGCGGAAACGCAAGAGCCGCUGGGGCCCGGAGGAGGACAAGGUGGAGCUGCCGCCCGCGGAGCUGGUGCAGAGGGGUGUGGACGCCACGCCCUCGCCGCUGUCCGUCCAGGACCUCAAGGGGCUCGGCUACGAGAAGGGUAAGCCGGUGGGGCUGGUGGGCGUCACGGAGCUGUCGGACGCCCAGAAGAAGCAGCUCAAGGAGCAGCAGGAGAUGCAGCAGAUGUUCGACAUGAUUGUGCAGCACAAGCGGGCCGUGCAGGACAUGCAGCUGCUGUGGGAGAAGGCGCUGCAGCAGCACCAGCACGGCUAUGACAGCGACGAGGAGGUGGACGGCGAGCUGGGCACCUGGGAGCACCAGCUGCGGCGCAUGGAGAUGGACAAGACGCGGGAGUGGGCGGAGCAGCUGACCAAGAUGGGGCGGGGCAAGCACUUCAUCGGAGACUUCCUGCCCCCCGAUGAGCUCGAGAAGUUCAUGGAGACCUUCAGGGCCCUCAAGGAAGGCCGGGAGCCCGACUACUCUGAGUACAAGGAGUUCAAGCUGACGGUGGAGAACAUCGGCUACCAGAUGCUCGUGAAGAUGGGCUGGAAGGAGGGCGAGGGGCUGGGCGCCGAGGGCCAGGGCAUCCGCGCACCCGUCAGCAAGGGCACCACAGCGGUGGACGGUGCCGGCUUCGGCAUCGACCGGCCGGCUGAGCUGUCCAAGGAGGACGACGAGUACGAGGCCUUUCGGAAACGGAUGAUGCUGGCGUACCGCUUCCGGCCCAACCCCCUGAACAACCCCCGCCGACCUUACUACUGAGCCUGUGGACCGCUGGCCGCCCUGCCCGCGUGGAACCUUCUGGAGCCUCGAGCCACCCUGCCCAGUGACCUCCACGGCAUUAAAGUCAGCCUGGCCCUGCCAUC